AUGGCCGACGAUAUCUCUUACGAAGAACAUGUACAGCAAAACAAUCAACGAUUGAUCUCAAUCAAAAUGAGUCUCAUGGAAGAGCAUUCCUUUCCAUCUGCUUGUACUGAACUUACACAAUGGUGUGGUGAUCAGAGAGCAUUUUCAUCGUGCUUUGAAGAAAACCUUCUGGCAGCUUUACAGGUGGCUGUUGAGAACGGUACCAAGGAUGGAUUCGACUUUGCAUUGGCACAUCAGCUCAUUACUGCAUGUUUUACACAUCGGAAACUGCUUAGCAAGGAAAGUGCA